UGAAGUUUUCUUAAUGAAUAAAAAACUUGCGUACUAUGUAAACGAUUAUUUUGGGCUUCAAGGCUGGUCAAAUAGUAGGGGUAAAAAAAUAGGUUGCCUUUUCCCCCCAUGUUACUCUCAACUGAUUUUUCAAUUUUGUGUUUUAAUGAACAAUUACGAUUAUGUAUCCAUCCCAACACCUGUAAAGAAGGCAAAGCAGAUAAAGCAAAAAUAUUCCUUUUACAUAGCACAGAAUAACAUCGAUUUAAUUCUUUGCCAUCCUUUCUACAAGCAUUUUAUCGAAGAAAUUACUCUUAACUUGCAAAUUCCUUUUUUAAUAUGUUACGAUAGGCCAGAUAUUUUAUCACAUGAGGAGUAUUUGGACGAUUUGAAAGAAGGGCGGGAAAUUUUCGGUCAUAAGUUUAUGUACCAGCCGAAGAAGGAUAAACAUUGGACAAAUGGGGAAGUGGAGGGAGAGAUAAAAGAAAUGCAAGAGAGUUAUUUCAUCGGAGGGAUUAGGGAAGAUACAAAUAAUUCUGUCGAGAAGGGGAUGAUCUCCCGACAUAGUGAUUCCCCUUCUGCUUUCCAUUUGUACUUAUCCAAAGAAAACGAGUGUGACAAAAGCGUACAGUUUUUAUCAACUUGUAUUUUCAAUCAGUCUAUGCAAUUAUCCAACUUCUUCAAUUGGGGGCAAACCAACAACAUCGCUUUGAUGUGUGUGCCAGCAAACAGUAUAGUUUAUUUUGAUGUUCUCUUUAGCCUGUUAUUUUCUGGCGCAGCUGUUACUUUCCCCGAAGCGAGCAAAAAGAAGACGUUAAAUUAUAAUAACUAUAUGGAUUGGUUUAAAGAACAUAUGAAAAGUAAAGAUAACAAUUUCGCUGUUCACAAUUUGCUAAUUAAAAAGGACUUCACAGAUGUUGAUUUUAAUUUUAUUGAUGGCAUAAAUUUAUUUGAAGAGCUAUACCAUGUGAAAAAGCCCAUAAAUAUUCUGGUCUGUAACAAUUAUUUAAUUCGCGAUUUUCUUUUUUUUUUUAAAAACUCCGAUAUGGACAUUGGAACGAAAAUGGAGUUUAUCCAAAAGAAGGCAUCUCACGUGCGGAUCAUCCUCCUUAACGGAAAUGAAAUAAUGCCAGGAAUUAAUAUAAAUUACAUCGAACAAAUAAAAGACGUUUUCAUCAAUGCUAAAAUAUAUCUACGCUAUGUAGUGCAAGAAGUAGGAACAGUCAGCAUAAUGGAGUUGGGCCAACUGGAGCAAGACAACAUCCCAUAUGAAAGAAAAUUAGCUGGUUAUGUUCUUCCAAGUGUUCAUGUGCAAAUUGAUCCAAAAACGAAUGUCAUGAAGAUAAAAUCAGAUAAUGUGUUUAGUCAGUAUUACAAUAAUGGGAAGCUAACCACUCAAGCGUUUGACCGUGGAGGCUUCUUCAAAACCAAGUAUGUGGCUUCACUAGCGGAGAACGCCCUUUUAAAAAUUGAGGGUAUUCACAACGACGUGGAAAACCUCCCCGAAGAGUAUUAUCUCUACUUUAAGCAGCGGAGGGACAAGAUGGAGAAGCAUCCCCCCGGGUACCUCAAGCGUGUGCGUUUGCAGGGCCAGAUAUGGGGCAACUUCCAUGCCAACCGGAGAAAUUGGAAGCGCAAGUUUUG